UUUUAACCAAAACUCUAUAUUCACAUAAAUUUUAAGGCAUUUAUAGUUUAGACUAAAAUCAUGACGACUUCCAGAGAUUUCACGGGAAAAGUAGUGCUGAUCACCGGCUCCGGCGGUGGCAUCGGUGCUGUCACUGCCGUAGAGUUCGCUCGACUCGGAGCUCGUGUAGUGGUCACCGAUUUCAGGAAGGAUAGGGUGUCUGUUGUGGCCAAACAGUGCGCUGAAGCGUCGCCUACCGGUGAUAAAGCCCUGGAAGUGGUGGCCGAUGUCACCAACGAUGACGACUGUCGCCGAUUAGUAGCCGACACUAUCAAGACGUUCAAAAAGCUGGACAUUUUAGUCAACAACGCGGGUAGAGGUAUAGUGUCGAGCAUAUGGGACGGGGAUAUACUCGAUAAGUAUGAGCUCAUUAUGAACACAAACCUCCGGUCAGUCGUAUGGUUGACUCACUUAUGUGUCGAGCAUUUAGAGAAAACUAAGGGUAAUAUCGUUAACGUGUCGAGCAUUGCGGCACUUAAACCGAAACAGCUCAGUUAUCUGUAUUCAAUGUCAAAGGCGGCGCUGGAUAUGUUCACAAAGUGCGUAGCGCUCGAGUUGGGCCCCAAAGGCAUCCGGGCUAACAUUAUCAAUCCCGGUCCCGUUAAGUCCGAGUUUGUCGAAAUCAGUCGUAACGUGACUAAAGAAAAAUCCGAUGAAUUAUUCGCAGAGAGGGCCAAGAUUUGUCCGAUAGGACGGGUGGGUGAGCCCCUGGAUGUGGCAAAAGCCGUGUUGUAUUUGACGUCCGAUGAGGCGUCGUUUGUGACCGGAUCCAACUUCGUGGUUGACGGCGGCGUCCAAUAUGUCUAAACCUCACAUUUAUCACAUUAUGGUCAUGUCUAAUUUAUUGGCAUUAUGACCUAGAUAAAUUUAAUCAAGAAUAAGAUUUAAGAAAGUAUUAAUUAAUUGGUUUUGAAUUUAAAGUUUCUAUACUGUAUGAACGAGUGUGUAAUGUUUUUAUUUAAUGCUUAUAUACUAGUAGUUUGUUUAAUAGGA